CUCCCUCCACCUUCACAUUCUCUAGUCAAUGGUUUACCACUUCUUUAAUUUUAGUUUAUAUUUAUCUUAAUAAAUAAAAUUAAACUAGUAAAACUAUAUAAAUCAACUUGUAACAAUUUAAUUAAUACAUAUUCUUCAUAUAUAAAUAAAUAUUCUUUCUCUCAUUAUUUUGUUUAUUUGUUCUAAAACCUUUGAAUAUUACAUACAAUGGUGAAUCUUAUUAGCCAAGCUCCUAUUUCUUCAUAUCAUACCAUAAAAAAAUUCAUCAAUAAACACCUUUUACUUCUCAUUCUUCUCCCUUCAUUUGUGUUAAUAUUAACCUUCUUUCUUCAAUGGCGAGGCGGUGGCAUCGAUCCGUUGACACGGUUGUCGUUAGACCGUCCGAUCACUUGUACUACCCCGGCUCCGGCGAAGUUGAAUUCUUCAUCAAAUGCUUCCUCUGGUUUAAGUAGUUUCAAGUUUAUGAACAAUGACUCUGUUCUUACACCAAAGAUAUGUAUAACUUCAACAACGUCAGCUAGACUAGAGGAUAUAUUGUCAUGGAUCUUGUUUCAUAAGGUUGUUGGCAUUUCCAACUUUUUCCUCUUUGUUGAAGGGAAGGCUGCAACCCAUAAUGCAACCAAAGUACUUGAGUCUAUUCCAGGUGUAAAAGUUAUACCAAGAACAAUUGAAUUAGAAAAACAACAAGCUAAAAGUCGAAUUUGGAACGAGACUUGGCUUUCAAAUGCCUUUCACAAGCCAUGCAACGGCGAAUUGUUUGUGAAGCAAACCCUAAACAUGGAAAUGGCUAUAGUCAUGGCGAGGGAUUCUGGGAUGGAGUGGAUAUUCCAUAUUGACACUGAUGAGCUCGUGCAUCCUGCAGGGACUCAAAACUACUCGGUAGCAGAGUUAUUAGCUAAGGUUCCAAGUGAUGUUGAUGCAAUCGUACUUUCUAAUUAUGAAAGUGCGGUUGAGAGGGAUGACAUUAAAGAGCCUUUCAUUGAGGUUUCAUUGUUCAAAAAAAAUUUCGCUCAUCUUCCAAAUGAUACAAAUUUCAAAUUGUACAAGUUGGCAGCUCGAGGAAACCCAAACUAUUUUCUUACUUAUGGAAAUGGAAAAUCAGCAGCAAGAAUACAAGAUCACCUUCGCCCAAAUGGUGCACAUCGAUGGUAUAACUAUGUCAAACAACCAAAAGAGAUAGACUUAAAGGAAGCUGCAAUUUUGCACUAUACAUACGCAAGAUUUUCCGACUUAACUUCAAGGCGUGAUAGAUGUAAAUGCCAGCCUACAAAAGACGAUGUCAAAAGAUGUUUUUGGUUGGAUUUUGAUAGAAAUGCAUUUAUUGUUGCUUCUACGGAAACACAAGAAGGAAUGCUUCAAUGGUACCAAGACCAUGUCGUGUGGAAUAACGAAAAUGUGAACCUAAAAUUUUUGAAAUAUGGAAUUUUUACUCGUAUUUAUACUCCCAAGGUGAUUAUGCAGAAGUUAAAGGAAUCAGGAAUUUUUGCGUCAUUAAUGUCUUCAGCAAGCACUACUUCACCUUAAUCUCUAAUCAUCAUCAAAUAUAGAACAUGAUUAUAAGGAAAUUAUACAAAGUAUUUAUAUUAUUCUUGGAAUAAUAAGUUAGGUCACGAAGAUCAAUCUACUAUGGAUAUAACAAUACACAUACAUAUGAUACAUAGUCUAACCUUCUCUCAUUUUAGGCACCGGUGUAAAAUAACAAUAUUAGAGAUUUGAGUUCUAGAAUUGCAAAUUAGAUAGAUAUAUAUAAUAAUUCAUUUCAGGAAUCUUUAAUGGUGAUUAGAGAGUUAAGCGAUGAAUUGAUGUUGUAAACAAUAUUUGAUUCCAGGUUUUGAUCACUUACAUACUCCUUUAUAUAAUUUAUUAUUACCAAGCUAAGGUAGA